ACGGUCAAAUUAUAUAUUUCUCCUCAUUUUAGCCUCCUCGUUCAAGAACCCUAAACUAAACACAAUCAACCAAUCUCUUCUCUUACAUCUCCCUUUCCGAUCUCUCUAUUCUCAACAAUGAGUGUAAAUCUUAAUUACCCACAAGCCCUAAACUCAUUAACAGAUCUUCAAAUCUAUAACAAUGCUGUUUUCGACAAUGUCGAAGCCAUGGGGGCUUCUCCUUGCUCUCCUGUCAAAUCCGUGAUUUUUUCUGAUUUCAGUAAGGAAAAUCAGAGUCCUCUGAGCCCUUUUGACCCUAACCCUAAUGGGGCUAAUGGGGGUUCCAAGAUUAAUUUGAUGAAAGAAGCGGUUCGGGAUGAGAAGAUGAUCGAUAUCGAGAUAGAGGAGAUUGAGAAGGAAAUUAAUCGGUUAUCGGGGAGAUUACAAGUGCUUAAAUUGGAAAAAGAGCAGAAGAAUGUGAAGAUAAUCGAGAGGCGUGUGCGGAUUGUUCCUGCUAAGUUUAUGGAAUCGAAACAGAAUGUGAGGAGUGAUAAGAUAGGGGAUGUGAAAAAGAGUGAUGAGAGUUUGUUGUUGAAUGCGAAACCGAAGGGUUUAAGGAGGGGGGUUAGUAUGUGUCCUGGGGAGAUUCUUGCUGGAUCGUCGCGUAGGGGUUUGAGUUUAGGCCCGUCAGAGAUUGGUGCUGGGAGUAAAUUUAGGCAAAUGUAUAAGCCAGAGGUUACUCCUGUUGAGUCGAUGAAGAAUAGGCGGAAAUCGUGUUUUUUUAAGCUAGGGGAGAUUGAUGAGAUGAGGGCAAUUAAGGAGAGGGGGAAGAGUUGUAGUCUUAGUCCGAAAUCAAGAAAGGCGUUGAAUAAAACUCAAGGUUCCAGACAGGUUUUAACUACGGUGGGAUCAAGAAAAGGGGUGAAGAAGGAUGAUGGUGUUCUUGCUGCAAUUCAGCCGAAGAAUCUUUUUAAGGAUGGGGAAAAGUCAGUUGCUGCUAAGAAGCCGGUGAAAUCUGGGAGGGUUAUUGCUAGCCGGUAUAAUCAGAGUACAAUUCUGUCUGCUAUGAGGAAAAGGUCUCUACCGGAAAAUGACAAAGAUGAGGGCAGGAAGGAUGUUAGAAAGCGGUCUUUAUCUGUUGGGAAAUCGCGGGAAAGUAUGCCUGAGAUUAGUGGAAUUCAGGGUACUAAAAGUUGCGUGAAGAAGAGAUGGGAAGUUCCAAGUGAGACUGUUGUUUGUGGGCAACUUGUGGUGCCUGAUGUGCUUCCAAAGAUUAGAACUGUACGACAUACUAUUGACACUCCACGGGAUUCAGGAGCUGCGAAGAGAGUAGCUGAAUUGGUAGGGAAGAAGUCAUUUUUUUCCAAUAGUGGAGAUGUGGACUCAACCGUGUGUCAAGAAUUGAGUUUUGUGGAAGAGGAAUAGAUGGAAAUAUUGGGUGCAAGUAAGCCUUCAUUUUCUUUAUUGGAGUGUUAAUACUUUUUUCUUUAUUUGCUUCAUUUUUUGGGCUGUGAAAUUAGUGAUUGUGGGGCAAAUUCUGCUUUUGCUCCCUUUAAAUAGUGUGGUUAUAAGAUAUUGUUGCAUUCAGUUUUGUGUUAAUCAUGUAAUAUACAUCAAUAUGCUUUCUGAUUUUAA